ACAGUGGUCUCUCUCAAUAUAGUGGCAAAUAGGGGAAAACCAGUCUUGUAUUCUGUGUACUUGGCACUACUGUGUAUUCUUUUGUUGUGUGUGCCAUCUGUGUCUCUCUGCUCAGUCGCAGUUCAGCCGAUUUAGGCUUUGAGGGACUACUAAAUCUAUCGAGAAUGGCCGCUUGUGCCAUUUUCACUUGAUUUUUUGUUUUCUAAUUUAAAGUCCUUUCGGUCGUGUUUUGCGUUCAAAUAAAAAUCCUACAUAAUAAUGUGUCUCGUAUUUAAUUAUAAAACUAUGUAAAUUAGUUGUAUUGUUUAUUAAUAUAUAGAAGACAAAGAGAUCUAUGGUUGUAGUGCAUUAUUGAAAACUGGUGCUUUCUAAACUUCAUCAAGAUGACGAUGACGUCGUGAUGAUGCAAAAAGACAGGGUUUCGUGAACAACACAGUGACCCGCGAGAGAGUGAGAUAAUUUUACAAAUUUCUCGCGAUAUGGAGUCCAUUAGAAAAUGGUUCUACAGACCAAAGAAGGACGAUACAAGUUUACUAGCUCAAUUCUUUUAUGCUGACGAAUCCCUAAAUGCAGUGGCCUGUGAACUAGAUUCAUUCGACGGUCGUCAAGAACCAGAAAGAUGUACAUCUUUGGUCAAUCAACUUCGUCAUUGUCAAGACAAGGUCUUAACUAUAUGCAAUCAAAUUAUGGAUGAUUUAAUCCCAGAGAAUAGAGCUAACAGGGAUUUUCGAGUCAAAUUUCCUGACGACGUGAUGCAGGAAAAUUUGGCUGGCCAACUUUGGUUUGGAGCCGAAUGUUUGGCAGCAGGAUCGUCAAUUAUGAAUCGAGAAGCUGAAAGUUCAGCGAUGAGACCUUUAGCGAAAGCUCUUACUAAAUCAUUGGAAAACGUUAGAAAUCUUCUUCGGGAACACGCAUUAAAAGGACAUAUGAAUUUAAAGAUUCAAAAUCCACUGGAGCCUUCAAUUGAAAAAUUAAUUGAGUCACUGAAAAUUUUCGAUCGUCUUUUCGCUGACUUUGAAUUAUGUUAUGUCGGCGCAAUGGUGCCAGUCAAAUCAACGAAAGAGUACGAACAACAAGAACUUGUUUGUGUUUUAUUCUCGGAAACAUUACAGAGAGCACUUGAAAGAGGUUUAUUAAAUCAAGCAGAUGUUGACAAUUACGAGCCUGCUUUAAUGUUCACUAUUCCACGUUUAGCUAUUGUUUCUGGUCUAUUGUCACCUCCUGGAGGACCUCUUUGUCUUAAUUCUCCCGAUAAUAUUAGUGAAAUGUUCAGACCAUUUAAAACUCUUCUUCUAAAAAUAAGAGAACUGCUCUGGACCUUAAACAAUCGUGAGCUCUACAUGUUGGAAAAGCUAUUGUGUUCAAAUGAAGAGCCAUCCGCAUCGAUGACGCAAACAAGCAACACAACGUGCCAAGAUGUUCCCGAUCUUGAUGAAUUCGUCCACAAUUUCUACACUGGCUAUCCAAAUUGUAAGGAUUUUAUUGUCGACUUUUAUACAGUAACACGAAAUACUGGCAACAAUAUGGAUGAAAUAGCCAACGACGCGAUUCAAAUAAUGGAUCAGAGAAAUGGACAAAUCGAUUUGUCGGACGUGUGCGAGAUAAGCCAAAAAGACAAACUGAAGGAGGAGGAGAAGGUAGUGGUAGUGAUGGAAACAAAUUCGGAAAAAUUUUCAUCUCUUGCAGAGAAUUCAAGUAUAAAAGAAAAUAAUAAUCUUGAAAAUAAUUCUCACGAGGUGAAUAAUAUUUCUACUUCUCGGCAAUGUGCCUUGAAUCGUGAAACAAUAAUGAGAAAUUCAGAAGACAAUGCACAAUUUUUGGUGCAUAAUGACAUUCCAUGUAGUGUUAGACAAAAUUCCGAUAGCAGUUCUUCCAGUAGUCAAGAAAAUAACGUUCGCAAUGAAAGGGUUGAAAAUUAUUUGACCUCUAACAUGGCACAAAUGCUUGGUGAUUCAGAAAAUCUUGAAAUACCUUCACUUCAAUAUUUAUUAAAUCAAGUUUCACAUGAAAAUACUUUAACAGACGGAGAGUGUCUCAAUGAAAUAUCAGAACAUACUGACUCGGGAAUUUGUACAGUAAUAUCGUCUGAGAAUACAAGCCUCUACGAUAAAAGUCCCGAGGAAAAAAAAAUAUUUUCAAAUGACGCCGAACAAAAUGAGAAUCAUAAUUUCGACGACGAGGAUAUUGAAGAAAAUACAAGUUAUUCUUGUUCUAAUCUUAAUUCGCCAAAGAGAAAAAAUUCAACAAUUUCGGAAAAUUCGUGUAUUUGUAGUUUACGAAAUGCAAAAGUUGUCGAUCAUUCAUUAGAAGUAUCAACAACAUUAACGACAAAUGGCGUUGAAUCAAUGAAAAAUAAUACAAGAAUAUCAUCAACCUUUGACGGAUCAAACGAGGAAUUUGUUGGUGUUGCCUAUGGAAAUGGACAAAUUUCCGUUUGUGAUGGAAAUCAACAACCAAGCUUUCAAAUAAACUAUUCGGAAAAUUGGGAAAAUUUGAAUAUCAAUAUUGAUGCAUCCUCGUCAAGAAAGGAAUUUUGGAAUGAUCUUAAAUGUGAAAAUUGUCCUCCAUCGACAUCGCAGAAUAUUGAAAAAAUUGGUAGCAAAAUUGAAAAAUUUGCAAAUGAAAAAAUUAUCACAAAACGCGCAAGAGAAACGGAGAAACAACGAAAACGUCAUCAACGUAAAUAUGAAAGAAGUCACAAAACAACACAUGAUGAACAUUCAAGACAAAGUAUCUCGUUUAAUGUUCAAAGUAUUCAUUUACCAAGAAGUACUGAGAGUUCACGAUCGAAUUCAAUUGAUCGUCUUAAUCCUAGAUUAUUGAGUUUAGGUGCCAGCUUGCAUCCUAGUCAAAAUACAAGGCAAAUGCCAAAUUUCGGCAGUCGUAGUCCUCAUUCAAGUCCCAGACUACAACAUUUUGAGACAAGAGGAAAUCUCAAUUCAGAACAAAGAAAUGCUCACUCCCAAAGAUUAUACCAAAACUCGUCACCUCAAAAUAAAAAAUUAUUGGAUCACAGAAGAUCCAGAUCGGAAAAAUUAGCGCGUUUAAAAAGAAAAGAAAAUGCCAAGAGAGAUAAAUAUGAAAGAAUGAACGCCAAGUCAGAAUAUAAUAAAAGACGACUAAGUGCUAGGAAUUCGAGUGAAUUAAUGAACGAUGGUUUGGGACCAAGAACUGAUAAAAGUGGUUUAGUGGUGGAAGCGAUUUCGCCAACCGAACCACGCUCUUUACGUUAUGAACGACAUGAUUCAAAAAGAAAUGUUAGACCUGUCAUAAUUAAUACAUCUAUGGUUUCAAAAGUUCACAGUUCAAAUCUUGAACAUUCUUUAAUACAGAGAACAGAUUUAGAUUCUAGUUCGAGUUAUUCGAGUUGCUAUGAAUCUAGUUCGGAGACAAGUGAAUUUCAAAGCGAUUGUCAGGAUGAUGAAGAAAUUGCACUAGCUAUGCAAGCUGCUGAAAUAGCAAACAGAAAUCAAAUUCGUGCUAAAUUCAGAUCCUCCGAGGAUUUAGUGCACAGAUUAUUCGUUUGCAUCGCUGGUGUUGCUGAUCAAUUACAAACAAAUUUUGCUUCAGAUCUUAGAAAUAUCUUAAAAUGCGUUUUUCUAAUGAAUAGCAGUCAAGCGACUGAUGAUGAUACUAAAGUAGAAGAAGAGGAGGAAAAUGACGAAGUAUUAACUCCUACUGAACCUAAUAGAAAUUUUCCAGAAUCAUUAAUUUCUACUGAAAAUAACCAAAAUUCAAUUCAAGAAACUGAAAACGACCUAUUAGGAACGACGCCAAUAAAUGAUAGAAUUUCUCCUACGACUGAACGAGGUGAGGAAUGCGUGGAGCGGGCUCCAGCAUGGGUACCAGACAAUGAUGCCCCAAGGUGUAUGGCUUGUCAGUCGGGAUUCACGGUUGUUCGUAGAAGACAUCACUGUAGAAAUUGUGGCAAAGUAUUUUGUGGCCGUUGCAGCAGCAAUAAUGUGCCUUUGCCACGUUAUGGACACACAAAACCAGUACGAGUAUGUAACAGGUGUUUCCUUUAUCAGGUAACACCAUUCACUGUGUCUCAGGUAACGUCUACCAGCUGAAGAUUUUCCUUGUGAUUAUUCAUUCUUAAAUUACUAUACACUGACUUGUCUCUGCUUUAAUUUAAAAAAAAAAAACAAAAAGUUUGCUGUUGAAAUGAAGUUUUUGUACAUAUAUAGUUACACGGCCUUUUUUUAAAAUGGGACCAUCAUUCCUAUUGGAGUUUCUAAUUCUAAUAAAUAUGUAUAUGUGUUGACUCUCUGCUUUCGUAGAGAAUAUAAGUCAAUUAAAAUUUAAAUAAAAUAAAAAAUGUCAAAUAACAUUUCCAAUAAUUAUCAAUGUAGAAAACAAAAAUUACGUUUCGACUGUGCAUACUAUCGAAAAAGCAGUAUAUAUCUAUACAUUCUUCUGUUUGUUUUUCCAAUAUUUAUGUUUUAAUAAAAUAUUUCUUUUCUUUGUAAACACAAUUAAUAUUAUUACCUAAAAAGAGCGCAGAAAGAAAAUUUGCGCUCAACAACCAAAGUUGGUGUAUGAAAAUAAACAUAAAAAAUAUAUCGAUUAACGACGUUUGAAUUUCGCGAAUAUAUAUGUAUAUAUAUAUAUAUAUAUAAUAUAUAUAUAUAUUUACAAUAUAUUUUCUUUAAGUGGAAACCUUGGUAGUCUUAUAUGCUUGUAAAAUUUUACAAGUCAUUUCGCUAACAAUUCUUUUUAAUAUAUAUUUAACAUUCACAUGUUGAUUUUUAUUUUAACGAAAAAAACAAAUAAAAAAAAAAUUAGUAGAAAAAAAAGUGAUAUAGGAAAAAUAUUUAAAUCGUGUUUAAUAAAUGAAAAAAACAUCGACUUUAACCCAGGUUAAAAUUCAACGGAAACCAUCCCUUAAUUUUAAUAAUUGUUUAAAAUAUUAAAAUACCAAUGGUAGUAGCUACUAUUAAUUGAAAUUAUCAAUAACAGAAUUUGCGAAUGAUUAAAAAAACAAACAAUCCCAUAUUGCAAAAAAAAAAGACUGAAGAUUUUCUUUUCUUUAGUUAUUUGCUUUAAAAAAUCGUUUCCGUCGAAUUUUGUUACCUGUAGAUUACAAUAAUAUUUUCGGUCAGUUCUUUUAAGUUUACUUUAAUUUUAAUUUAACUUUCGAAUAGAUUUUUUAAAUAUUAAAUUAAACCUGUAUUCUUGCGAGUAUGUAGUAGAAUUUGCAUAAAAGUACAAAGCCAUUCGUACUUCAAUCAGUUCAACUAAUAUUUGUUCAAAAUCGUGUAAAAAAAAAGUUUUAGCAGAAAUUGAUUUUAUGAUUUCUUUUAUGUUUAUCAAUAUUUAUAAUGAGAAUAGUAAUUAUGCCUACACAACAUAUAACUGCCGGUACUGGGUAUUUUCUGAUUUUAAAUAAUGUCUGUGGUAAAAUUCUAAAGAUUUGUAUAUAUUAAUUAAUGAUGCCUUGUUUUCGAUAAUUUACUUUUAGAAAAUAUCCAGUAGCACAUGUGCAUUUGGAUAAAAGAUAAAGACUGUUUUGAAUAUAAUUAUUGUCAAAAUGCGCGAUUAUUUAAAGGAAAUCAUGUCGAUUUUUAACUUUCAUUCGCUUAAAAAAAAAAAAAGCUAAAAAAAAUCUAAACUAAAUUUGGAAAUAUGUAUAGAAAAAAUAAAAAUAUAUUUUGCUGCCAAUUCGUUACGAAAUGUGGCCUACACUUUUUCAUAUAAAAAAAUUUUAAAAACUAAACUCUUGACGUUUAACUGAAUUGUGUGCGCGUCUAUUUCCGCAAGAUAAUAAUUAAUUAAGUAAUGUAAUUACUUAUUCAUCAUAUACAGCUGUACAGAUUAAAAGCGUAUAUUUUGUAAAUGUCAAAAUAGUAAAAUCAAGUGUACAAUAUUUAAAUAAUAAUCAAGAGUGUUUUAAAAAAUAAAAAAUAAUUGGUUAUUCACUGCGUGAAUUGUGACUUAAUUAAAAAAAAAAUGAAUCCAUUAAUUUAUUUAAUAAUAUUAUAUAAUUCAAAAUAAAAUAAUAAUUCAUUCCGUUUAGUUUUAUUUGCUAAAAGUAAUUUAAAAAAAAAGGAGAUUUCUUAGACGUCAUAUUAUGACAUUUUAAUUAGUGAUUUAUAUAUGAUAUGAAUAAAACGACAAAACUGUUUGAUGUAUUCAUAAUGCGCACGUAAUAUAAAGACGUUUAGGAAUAAACUAUUUUUCAAUUUUUGAAUGUUGAUAAUAAUCUUAAGAAUUUAAAAAUGUGUCGAAAAAAUUGUUACAAUUACACUUAAAUAUGUAGUUUAAAUUUCGCGAAUGUGUGUAAUCUUUAAAUAUCUUUGCUCAUAAACUUAAAAAUUCACGUGCCGAAUGCGAAGCUUUUUCUCAUUAUAUAUAAAUAAAUAAAAAUUAGAAAUUUGGUAUUUCAAAUCUUAAAUAAAAAAAAAAUUCUAAAAUUGUCAAAAAAAAAAAGUUAAAUAAUAUUUAUAUAAUGCUUGAAAAAGUGUUUGCGAAAACUUAAUAUCUUAGAUAAAAGAAUUUAUAAUUUUUAACAAGAUGCCUUAUAUAAAAAUUUGUUGUUCUUAUCAAUAAGAAAACAUAAAAUAAAUUCUUGACUGUUGCUUAAAUAAAAAACAAAAA